AUGCAAUUCAAGGCGCUCGCUACUUUCCUUUUCGCCGCUCUGGCAGUGGCUAAUCCGGCCCCUGCCCCUCAGUCCGGCGAUGAUAUCAACGAUCUGCUCGGCUCCAUUCCCAGCUCCGUCCUCAACGAGCUGAUGACCGCUAUUCCACCCUCUGUUAUUGCGGCUUUUGCCAAUCCUACCGCGGCUUCCAGCAUCGUCAACGAGAUCGAGCAAGGACACAUCCCUGACUGGUACUCCAGCCUGCCCGACGACAUCAAGGCCUGGGCUUCUUCCGCUGCCAUGGAGGAGAUCGCCGGUGCUAGUGCUACCCCCACCCUCACCGGUAGCUCUGCUGCUACCGCUACUGGUGCUACCACCACUGGUGCUACUGCCACUGCCACUGCCGCCGUCACUUCGUCCCCUUCAGGAACUUCUUCCUCCACCAAGAACACUGCCUCGGGCUCUGGUGCUUCUUCGACCUCGACCCCGAGCUCGACCUCGUCUCACAACGCUGCUGCCACCGGCGCCGUGGCUGUCAGCUUUGCCGGUGCUGCUGGUGUCCUGGCUGUCGCCCUUGCUCUGUAA